AUGGCGAUUUGGGCUCCUGUAAAUCGUACUUUGUUCAAGAAAACUUCGACUUAUUUUCUUGUGGCGACACUAUGCACGUUUUUCUUCGAAAGAGGGUUAGACAUGAUCUCCCUAGCCAUAUUUGAACACCUCAACAAGAACAAACUCUGGAAGGAUGUUAAAGAUAGAUUCAAAAAGAAGGAAGUCAAGAAAGAUGAGAAGACUUGUAAAUAA